AUGGAGGCACAGCGUAUAUUCCCACCUCCCCGGCCUCUUUGUGCUUCACAAUUUGCGCUUGCUAACUAUGCAUGUGCAUUGCUGCCCUUCACUCCAACGCCCCCUCUGACACCGCCCUCCCCUCCCCCCUCUUCUCCCCCCGAUGAUGACGGAGGUCAGGAACAGGAACACGAACAUGAGCAUGGGCAUGGACAUGGGCACGGGCACGGGCACGGGCAUAGACAUGGUCAUAAUAGGCACAGGCAUGGGGGGCACCAUGAACCCGAACCCUCACCUGCAGAAGAUAACUGUUGUAGAUGGUUGACCCAGCUGGAUAAUGAGUGUGUGUGUGAAUUGCUGGUGCACCUGCCUACAUUCCUCCUUAAGCCUACCCAUGCCUACACUGUAACUGUUGGGGAAUCCUGUCGUGUUACCUACACAUGCGGAACUCCGAUCAGGAUAAAGGUCUGA